AUGGGAAGUAACGGCGGCGGCGGCGUUGGAGGCUCAAAUCAAAGCGAAACCUCCGAUUCCAACCAGAAUCCGAAUUCUGAUUCGCAAGGGUCGAGCGGCGGGACGUUUGGCUUGGAUAGACUGCAAGCAGGCUUCACAGCGUCAAGGUCGAGCUUGGGCUCGCUGAUUCGCCGACUGUCUUCUGGUGGGAGUUCGGGGCGUCGUGUGCCUGUAGUUGGUGAGGUUUCGCUACUCCCUGAGCAGUCAGGCGAGUUCCGCGGCGAAUUCCAUGGAGGAACGAUUGCCGAAGGCCAGACAAGUGCACUUCUCGAUGGCUACGACGACAUGCCCAAUGGCGAGAUUGUCUCUCAUCCUCCCCGCGACAGCGAAACUCAUGCGCACGCUUCAAUUGCCUCAGGUUACGCCAGAACGCCGCCAUCGUAUUCGCAAUCUUCGCCGUUGCGCAGAGCCGGGUAA